AUGCAGCAUGGGCUGACACUAGGUGAGUAUUUGGUAUAUUUGCUAUGGGCCAGCAUCAUUGCAGCGUGCAUUCAAGGGUCACUAAUUGUAUGCGGCGGGGCUGGAGAGGCCGACGAUGACGACAAUAACGGGGUCGAUCUGAGACUCCAGGGGCUGUGCAAUGUAGAUUCAGGUCAUGCGGAUAGAGAAGACCAUGCAGAGGCCUGGAUCAUCGCGAUGUUUCUGCUCCCGGGAGCGACUACAUGA